AGCAAUCAAAUCAACUCUGUUAACAUUAUUUUUUUUAAGUCAAAUUUAAUUUAAUUUAUUUAUUUUAACUUGUGUUAGUUGAUUGUGUUAAUUAAUUUCUGUGAAAAUGAGACUAAGUUUAAUUAUGUUAUUUUAUGCUUUUUUCUUUUCCAUGAUCAUCAUUCUAAGUCAAAGUAUUCCGAUUCCAAUUCCCAUUCGUUUACCAAUACCUAUUCCACUGCCAGUUCCCCUGCCGGUGCCACUGCCGGUGCCUUUACCAUUACCUAUUCCCGUUCGUGACCCGGUGGGUGCGAUUGGUGCUGUUGCCGGAAUUGUGGGUGGACUGGCGAGUGGAUUAGUUGGUGGACUUGCUAGCGGAUUAACUGGUGGAUUAGCGGGAGCAUUGAUUGCAAAGAAGAAGAAGAAAGAACAUGGUGAACAUUAUGAACAUGGUGAGGAGAAACAUAAAGAAAAAGAAAAGAAAAUGAAGGAAAAGAAAAAGAAAGAUGAAAAGAAGAUGAAGAAAAUGAUGAAAAAGGCUAAGAAAAUGUCGAAAAAGAAAAGAAAAGAAAAGAAAAAAGAUGAAAGGAGGUUCCAUGCACGUGCUAAUGAUCAAGGUGAUGGACUAUUAGGAUUUAAUGGAGCUCAAAGUGACCACAAUAGUAACGUGAAUAACAAUGCUAACGGUGAUUAUGGUAACUCAAAUCAUGGAACUGAUCAGCAGUUAGUUUCUCAAGAGCAAAAUGUUGAUUCCUCCGGAGAUCAUGGAAUUCCUGGAAAUCAUGGAGGUUCCGAUGAUCAAAGUUCAUUUGGAGGAUCAAAUUUUAAUACUCAAAAUACUCAAAGUGCUCAUGGUUCAUCAUUUGAUCAACAACAAAAUGUUCCCAAUGAACAUGGAGUUUCCAAUGAUCAAGAACUGUCCUCAUUCUCGGGUUCAAAUUCUGGUUCAUCUAAUGGUCAGUCAAAUGAUCAGUCGAUUUCAUCUGGACAACAUCAAGACUCAUCGAUUCCAAAUAGACAAUCCUCUGAAUCUCAUGGUGAAACAUCUCAUGAUAAUGGAAUGAGCUCAUUCACUGAAAACACUUCAAGUUCAUCAAAUAAUCAAGAAAACCCAAACAAUGAUCAACAAGGAACCAAUCAAAAUGAAGGGAUGAUCGCGUUCACUGAAACUGUUACUAACUCUGAAAAUACUCCAGUUAAUUCAGGAAUCAAUUCAUUAGCCGACGAAGGACAAUUAGCACUCAAAGUCCAUCGAACGACAAACAAACCCCUUUACAAGGCCAAAAAGUACUUCAGUAAUCAAUUAUCGCCGCAAGAAUCUCAAGGAAUCAGUCCUUCUAAUAAUCCAGCGACUGACCAAACGUCCAGUCCACAAAGUGACCAUCGAACUACACUUGAACCUAAUUCUCUUCACGAAUCAAAUGGUUCAGAUGAGAAAAUAAUCCCUCCUAAUCAACAGAAUGAUCUAAGUAGUCAGUCAAAUGAAAAUUGGAACUAA